CCUCUUCUCGUGCAUUGAUCUGACAGCCACCAUUCUCACUUGAACUAGAGCGUAGUGCUUCAUGCUAUCCUCUACCGUUAUAAGGAAAAGUGACUAGUCAAGAAUGGCCUUUUAUCCACAACAGCCGUUUUACAGCCCGGUGAUCCCUUUCAGUGGAACAAUUCAGGGACGUCUACAGGAGGGCAAAAGUGUCAUUAUAUCUGGCCGUGUCCUUCCAGGGGCAAACAGAUUCCACGUAAAUCUACAGUGCGGUUCAAGAGCUGGGGCAGAUGUUGCCCUUCACUUUAACCCGCGAUAUGAUAGCAACCCAGGAUAUGUGGUGACCAAUACCCUCCAGAACUCCACAUGGGGCCAAGAGGAGCGCAAGUAUCCAACUCCCUUUCCUCAAGGCUCAGCCUUCAACCUUAUGAUCCUAGUUGGCCGGGACUCAUACAAGAUUGCCACUAAUGGUAGCCACUUCAUGGAGUUCAGACAUCGCAUCCCUUUUGCCGCUGUGGAUACAAUACAUGUGAAUGGAACGGUGGAGAUCAGUUCAAUAGCUUUUCAGAACCCUGAGAACUACAUCCCCCAGAUGCCAUUUCCUCCACAGUAUGCUGUCCCACCUUACGGAUAUCCCGUUCCUGCUCCAUAUCCGCCACCAGUGGUCUAUUCAGUGCCAUAUAAAAGCAUCAUAAAUGGUGGACUCUACCCUGGAAGGACAAUAAUAAUCCAAGGUGUGAUCAACGGCGGUGCCACAAGAAUGACUGUUAACCUGCGCUACAGGAGUGGUAUAGCUCUACACUACAAUCCUCGCUUUGAGGAGAACCAAGUGGUGCGUAACAGCCACAUGCACGAGAAGUGGGGCAGCGAGGAACGUGGGGGUGGAAUGCCCUUUCACCGCGGCCAGCAAUUCACGUUGACCAUUGUGUGCAGUCCUCAAGGUUAUAAUGUGUCGGUGAAUGGCAAUCAAGUGCACACCUACAAUCACCGCCAUGGCGGUCUCCAGGAGAUAGAUGUGUUGGAGGUUGAAGGAGACUUGACUCUCAGCUCUGUUAUGGUUUAGGCAGAAAAACUCUUUUCUCUAUUCUUUUUUCUGUAUUUUUUGUUUCUAUAUUUUCUCUAUAUUUAGUCUAUUUUACCUCCAAAAUAAUAAUCUGAAUCUGAACCGACUGAACGGCUAUAUACGAAUGUAACCUAUUUUGCUUACCAGUAAAAAAUGAUGUAAAGCAA